UUGCGGCUAUGCGGGUGUUUGCGGGGCUGUGGGGCGGGUGGCUCUUCUGCCUCGCCUGGGUCGGCGAUUUCGGGCGUGCCUGGAGUAUUUUCGGCCAUCCUCACCUCUACGCGGCCUCCCGUCCCGAUUCCUCCCGGCUUUUGGGGCUUCGCGCUUACCGCACUUGCUAUAUAGCCCAGAAGAUCGAUCACUUUGGUUUUGCUGAAGACCGCACAUUCAAACAGCGCUACCUCAUCGCAGAUCAGCACUGGAAGAAAGACGCCGGCUCAAUCCUUUUCUACACUGGCAAUGAAGGGGACAUCGCCUGGUUUGCAAAUAAUACGGGUUUCAUGUGGAAUGUGGCCGAAGAAUUGGAUGCCAUCCUGGUUUUUGCCGAACACAGAUACUACGGGGAAUCCUUGCCGUUCGGAAAUAAGUCAUACACCGAUGCUAAGCACUUGAAUUACUUGACUUCGCAGCAAGCUCUGGCUGAUUUUGCGGUACUUAUCCAGCACUUAAAAAAUACGAUUCCUGGAACGCAGAAUACUCCAGUGAUAGCCAUAGGAGGGUCUUAUGGCGGAAUGCUUGCUGCCUGGUUCCGAAUGAAGUACCCCCACGUAGUAAUUGGAGCUCUGGCUGCAUCGGCCCCCAUUUGGCAGUUCGACAGCUUGGUUCCCUGUGGUUCCUUUCAUAAGAUAGUGACCGAAGAUUUCAAAAAAAGCGGGGUUGGCUGUUCGGAAUCCAUCCGAAAUUCCUGGGCGGCCAUUAAACGUAUUGCUGACACAGAGAAAGGUUUACAGUGGCUUUCCCACACAUUUCGUUUGUGCAGCCCCUUGAAAACCACAACAGAUGUCAUCAACUUCAGAGAAUGGCUAAGUGGGACGUGGAUUUACGUGGCCAUGGUAGACUAUCCGUAUGAAGCCGCCUUCUUACAGCCUCUCCCUGCCUGGCCUGUUAAGGUUAUCUGCAAAUACCUGAAAAACCCCAAACAGCCAGACAGGUUGUUGCUGCAGAAUAUUUUCCGGGCUGUAAACAUCUACUACAAUUAUACUGGACAUGCAUCCUGCUUGAACUUAACUCGGACUGCUACUAAAAGUCUGGGCCUCAAGGGCUGGUCUUAUCAGGCUUGCACUGAGAUGGUGAUGCCCAUGUGUUCAGAUGGUAUCAAUGAUAUGUUUGAGCCACAGAAAUGGGACUUCCAUUCUUACUCGGAGAGCUGUUUCAAAGCCUGGGGGGUACGGCCACGCCCUUCCUUGAUUCCCACCAUUUACGGUGGGAAAAACAUAAGCGCUCACAGUAACAUCAUUUUCAGCAACGGAGGGCUCGAUCCCUGGUAUGGAGGUGGCGUGACAAAGAACAUCACGGAUACUCUUGUGGCCAUCAUGAUCCCGGAAGGAGCUCAUCACCUGGAUCUGCGUGCCAAGAACCCCUCUGACCCAAGCUCCGUCCGGCAGGCUCGCCUCUUGGAAGUCCACUACAUGAAGUUGUGGUUACAGAAGCACAAGAGGGUUAAAAAAUGCCCAAAGUAACUGGAUAGUAGUUGGGGGUUUGUGUAGCAACGGUUAUCCUUUGGUUGAUUGUCUCCUUUCUGGAUUGUCUCUUCUUCGUCUUGCUUUUUCUGAGCAUUCUUUAACUUCUCCUGAUUCGUCAUCAAGAUGUCUGUUUGAGACAAGCUGGAAUCGACAUGGCUCACCUUCGGUUAGUGACGUCCCAUCCAUGUCUCUCUUUACAGGAAGCCAAGACGAUUUCUUCCUGUUCUUCACUGAGCUAUAGGACCCACAAGUGGGAAAGGAGAAUGCUUCUUAAUCCCCUUUGCCUGCCCCACUUACUUAGCUGUACAGGGAGCUGGACUCUCUACAGGUAGUCCUCGACUUACGAAGCACCACGGAGCCCUAAAUUUAUCUUGCUCAGUGAGAAAUUCGUUGAGCGAGUUUUGCCCCGUUUUACAACUUUUUCCGCCACGUUUCUUAAGCGAAUCAUAGAGUGGUCCGGUGGCCUAGAGGUGGUGCUCUCGCCUCACAAUCAGGAGGCUGUGAGUACGAUCCUAGGCAGAGGCAGAUAUUUCUCUCUCCGGGCACGAUGAGAAUAUAUCUGCUGAAUGUAACUCCCCACUGGCAACAGGAAGGGCAUCCGGCCAGUAAACACUCCGCUCCGUUCAGUUGCCCAGACUCCAUCCCGCAAGGGAUUACGGGGUCCUUAAAAGAUUUCUUAAGUGAAUCACUGCACUUGUGAAACUGAUAACACGGUUGUGAAGUGCGUCUGGCUUCCCCCCCGUUGACUUUGCUCGUCGGAAGGUCACGGAAGCGGAUCACGUGACCCUGUGGCCGUCAUAAAUGUGAGUCAGCUGCCAAGCAUCCGGAUUUUAAUCCCGUGACCAUGGGGAUGCUGCAACCGUCGUAAGUGUGAAAAACGGUCAUGGGUCAUUUUUUUUUUGGCCGGGCCGUUGUAACUUCGAACCGUCACUCCAUGGCCUGUUGUAAGUCGAGGACUACUUGUAUUGUCUUAAUUUAAGGAAUUCAGGGGACCAACAGGUGGCAGGGCGGCUGAUAAUUUAGGAGGCGACUUUAAAGGAAGAAUAGACAAAUUUGUGAAGGAACCUUUGCCCUCAAAAUACUUGAGGUAAUAUUUUGCUGUUCCUUGCCAUUGGCUGGAAGGCGCUCUACUUGAAUAGAUCCCGCUCUUGAUUUUGGCUGUUUACUUUGAAAUCUAGUCACCAGGAAGCACUAUUACAGCAGAAGCAGGGGUGAAAUGCUCCCGGUUCGGAUCGGAUCGCCCGAUCCGGUAGCGAUGGAGGCGGGUGGUUCGGGGAACCGGUAGCAAAAAUCCCUGCCCCCCUCUCCAUGCCCAGCUGAGCCGCGCAAUCAUCAGAGGCUUUUUUUUAUUAUUUUUAAAAGCAUUUUUUCUCCAACCUUUGGCCGAAAACAUGCUUUUAAAAGUAAAAAAAAAAAAAGCCUCUGAUGAUCGCACGGCUCAGCUGGGAUCAUCAGAGGCUUUUAAAAGCAUUUUUUCUACAACCUCUUCGGCCGAAGAAGUUAUAGAAAAAAUGUUUUUUUUUUAAUAAAAAGAAAGCCUCUGCCGAUCAGGCAAGUCAGCUGGAAUCGUCAGAGGCUUUAAAAAAGAAAAAAGCCUCUGCCGAUCAGGCAACUCAGCUGGGAUCAUCAGAGGCUUUUAAAAGCAUUUUUUUUUACAACUUCUUCAGCAGAAGAGGUUGUAGAAAAAAUGGUUUUAAAAGUAAAAAAAAAAAAAAAAGUUGGCCACGUCCCCUCAGUCAUAUUAUCCUCCCAAGCCACGCCCACAGAACCGGUAGUAACAAAUUUUACAUUUCACCACUGAGCAGAAGACUUGUGUCUCUGCGUGUUGUUUGGUUGCAAGUAUGAUCCCAAAGGUGCUUUUUUUCAGGAGGCAACUGGACUCUCUUGUUUUUUUUUUCUUUGAAGACGUUUCGCUUCUCAUCCAGGAAGCUUCUUCAGCUCUGAGUGGAUGGUGGGGAAUGGAAGGAUUGAUACUCCUUGCAGACAGCUGGUCAUUUGCAUCCUUUUAGAGAGUCGUUGAGGCCACUUGGAGGUUCACCUGCGAAAUGCUAAUGGUUCCUGUAGUCUGCAAUCUUUUCUGGAAAUCCGUUCAUACCAGUGUUGAAAUCCAAAUUAUUUUACUACCGGUUCUGUGGGCGUGGCUCAGUGGGCGUGGUGUGGUAUGGUAUGGUGGGGGUGCUUGGUGGGGGUGGCAGAGGAAGGACACUGUAAAAUCUCUAUUCCCACCCCACUCCAGGGGAAGGAAACUGCAAAAUCCCCAUUCCCAUCCCACCCCAGGGGAAGGAUACUGCAAAAUCCCCAUUCCCACCCCACUCUGGGGCCAGCCAGAGGUGGUAUUUGCCGGUUCUCCGAAGUACUCAAAAUUUCCACUACCGGUUCUCCAGAACCUGUCAGAACCUGCUGGAUUUCACCCCUGGUUCAUACUUCCACACCAUUUGAAGGGGUUUCAUCCCAAAUUGCAUAGCUUAAAACAACGGAUUUCCAGGGGUAGGGGGAAAUGCAGACUACCGGAACCAUUUGCACCACUCAGGUGACCCUGAGGACACAGAUAAACAUCCGAGUGGCCUCAACAACCCUCUAAAAGGAUGCAAAUGACCAGCUGUCUGCAAGGAAUAUAAAUCCUUCCAUUCCUGUUCUGCCCCAGCUACGGACCCCAAAGAAUGCAGCACACACAAAGUCCGCACAAACCUUGCUUUAGUAAUUAAGGACUACUAAUGAGCUUUCUUAGUAGUUGUUCGAACACAAGUACAGUUUAAACCAGUCUUUUCUGAACAAGGGCUGUUAAUUUAACUUCAUUAACAGCCGACAAGAAUCCAAAGAAUAAUAACUCAAUUCUGAGGCACGGUAUUUCAAAUAACCGUAAUCUUACUGUGCUUGGCAGAAUGCCCAGAAGCAAUUUGCAGGAAAACUGACGAGAGAAACAAGAGCCGAAUCAAACGUUUCUGGAAUCAAGACGCGAAAGGAAUGUGAACGAAGUUGUUUCCUGCAAAUUGCAUCAGUUGUCGUCCUUCCUUAAAUAGGCUAGGGGAGUGGCCAAUUAGCCCCAAGCCUUACUCUCGAGGAGAUCUCCUCCUGAGGAGCCACUCCUGCCUUUUGGCAGCUCUGCACGCCCGUGCAUCAAGAAGAGGCUCCUCCUCUUCAUCCUCUUUACUUAAGGGAGCUUCUGGAGGUUCUGAAGGCCCUGGCUGAAUCCCCGCCUCUGGCACCACAUCUUCUCCAGCCUCCUCAUUGUCCGACUCGAGUGCCAGCUGCACAGGCUGCUGGUGCAGCACCACACCAGCCUCCUCGCUGUCGGAAUCAGCUACUAACUGCACAGGCCGCUGACAGGCCACAACAAUUCCCCACUAUCUACUCAGAGCUGAAGAAGCUUCUUGGAUGAGUAGCGAAAUGUCUUCAAGGAAAAACAGAAAGUCCAGUUGCCUCCUGAAAAAGCACCUUUGGGAUAAACAUGACCUGGAUAUGAUGGAGAAUCGCUACAGACUUUUACAAGGAUGAUGCUAAACAAGAUGUGUCUGUGAUGGUGGGAGGCGGGUAGGAGAUGGUCCUGCAAAUAGUCAGUUUGUUCCUUCUCUGAUUGCAAGAGUUGACCUAUUCAUUUCUGCACACUCUAAUAUUUUCCUAAUCGCAUUCUCAUCCGUAGGAAUCUCUUCACUUUUCCAAUUUUGUGCAAAUACAAUUCUAGCUGCAGUUAUUACAUGGAUAAUCAAAUACACAUUGUCUUUACUGUAAGUUUCUGGUAAAAUCCCCAACAAAAAUAUUUCGGGUUUCAAAUCAAUAUGUUGUUGUACUGUGUUUCCCCGAAAAUAAGAUCCUGUCUUAUAUUUUUUUGAACCCCGAAAUAAGCGCUUGGCCUUAUUUUCGGGGAGGUCUUAUUAUUUUGGGGCGCGUGGAGCAAGAUGGGGCUCCUCUUGCCGUCUUACCUGAUUUCCAGCUCUGCGUUUAAAUAUUUUCAGGGAGGGCUUAUUUUUUGGGGGAGGCUUAUUUUAGUGCAUGCGCUCAAAGGCCCAAUUGGGCUUAUUAUCAGGGGAUGUCUUAUUUUCAGGGAAACAGGUUAUCAUCUUCUGUUGUAAAUUGAGGACUACCUGUGCCUUCUUUCUGAAAAAAAGAAAAACAAUGUGAAAUUCUAUUUAUAACAUGGACUUAAGGGGGCAGUAUUGUAUUUAAGAAAACAUCCCGACUUUGGGAAUAAAAUGUAAUUUAUUUCCUUUAAAAAAAAAAAAAGAAGAAGUUUUUCCGAUUUAAGACACCGUAACGAGUUAUUCUAGAUGGGUCUCCAAUUUUUUGCUCGAAGAAAAAAAAACUUUUUUUAAAAAAAAGAGCACGAUUUUCAGAGUUUAGAAGGACUUGGAUGAAUGAUUUUUAAAUUGGGUGUUUUAAAUUUUUGGGGUUUUAAAUCUGAGCCGAAAUUAUGUAAUAAUUUUAAUUAAUUUUUAACUGAUGUCUGUCUUUGUGUUUUUAAUAGGCUGUACACCGCCCUGAGUCCUUCGGGAGAAGGGCGGUAUAGAAAUAAAAUUAUUUAUUUAUUUUA